UCGCUCCAAGUUGGUCUAUAUGCCUUCUGCCGCCGCGACACCGUGCCCUGCGUUCUCCUCUCCCUCGCCUCCCUGCCCGCUCCGCUCUCCGUCUCCCUCUCUCCAUCUACCUUGCCAAGAUGCUCUUCUUCUCCUACUUCAAGGAGUUGGUUGGGAAAGAAGUGACGGUGGAGCUGAAGAACGAUCUCGCCAUCAGAGGGACCCUCCACUCCGUCGAUCAGUAUCUCAACAUCAAGCUCGAAAACAUCCGGGUCGUUGACCAAGACAAGUAUCCUCACAUGUUGUCGGUCCGGAAUUGUUUCAUCAGGGGAUCAGUGGUACGCUAUGUCCAACUCCCUCCUGACGGGGUCGACAUCGACAUCCUUCACGAUGCCACCAGGAGGGAAGCCAGGGGAGGUUGAUCUCUGGAAGAUGCACCGGUAAUUGUUUCUGCUGCUGCUGGCAUUAACCCGUGUUGUGCUUGCCCCUUUAUGUGCUGUGCUUCCAUAGAUGCUUACUACCCCCGACUGUGGUUUUCCUGUGUGCUGGUAUCUUUACAGUAUUACUGCAAGCUUUCAAAUGAUGUGCUUUUUCUAUAGACAUCAACGAACACACCAUGGUACUUUUUAUUGUAGGGAGCUGCUCUAGAAUUUGUCAUUUUAAGCUUCCUUAUGUUUGUGUUUA